GUUGGUUUGAUACAGAUAGAGAAAGAGAGGGUUUUGAGUGGGAUGGGGAGGAGGAUACUGAAUGAUGCGUUGAGGACUAUGGUGAAUGCAGAGAGGAGAGGGAAAUCUACGGUGGAGCUCAACCCCAUCUCCACUGUCAUCUCUUCCUUUCUCAACAUCAUGAAACACCGUGGCUAUAUCAAGGACUUUCAAGUCUAUGAUCCGCAUAGAGUGGGGAGGAUAACAGUACAACUACAAGGUAGGAUUAACGAUUGCAAGGCCCUUACAUACCGACAAGACCUCAAGGCAAUGGAUAUUGAAGCCUACAGAUUGCGCACUCUUCCUACACAUCAGUGGGGUUAUGUUGUGAUUACUACUCCUGAUGGUGUUUUGGAUCAUGAAGAGGCCAUUAAAAAGAAUGUAGGUGGCCAGGUUCUUGGUUACUUUCACUGAAAAUAAUCAUCACCAUGUUAAUUUGGCCAGAUAUUGUUGUGUUCAGCUAUAUUUCCUGAUAAACAUUGAAUGAAUGCGAUGACAGAAUGUUUUGUUCGGCAAAGGGGGUUUUGCUUUCAAUUAUUGCUUUGUCAUGUAUGAAUUUUACCGCAGUUCAUGCGUGAUGAGCGGGAUGGAUUGGAUUUCAUGCUUUGUUGAAAUUAGUACUGUUUUUGUUAAAUAAUAGACUAGACAUGAAAUCAUGAAUGGAUGUUACAUCACCUUAGUUUGUAAUUUUCUUCAAUUUCAGAGUUGCACUUACGUAGUCCUUAGUUAAUUUAAGAAUGCUU